AUGUCUGCAGCACAGAAGAGAACAAGUCAAGAGGAUGGCACUGACCCGGCCCCUGACAAUGGGGACCAGCCGCCCAAAAAGACAAAGCUCAGCCCGUCCGACGGUGGCGACGAGACCGCUGUCCUCCAGCGCCACCUGGACGAGGCUUUGGAUUUCAUCAACAGCUGUGGGCUCGCCUCAAAAGCACCCCACACCCUCCAGGCCCUCCUGGAAUCCCGCCCAAAUGUUGCCGAGGGCAUGGCACAGCAGAUCAAGACCAGGAUAUACGACACCUGGGAGCCGCUCUGCGCCGACACCUCUGGCAAACAGACCGGGAUCCACUCGUCUGACCUCAGUUCCGCCCAGUGCUCUCACUUCCCCGCCAUCGAGAGGCUGGCGAGGCUGCCCAACGAGCACAGCCUGCGCCUGGCCUACGAGCUUACCUGGUACCUUAAGGACAACUCGUACGGGGACAUGAACGAGGACCGUGGGUUUGGCAACCGCCCAUCGGAUGAGCAAGGCGACAUGCUGCUUGCCCGCCUGAUCAGGGACCGCCGCGCCGCCGGCGAAACCUGGGACUAUAAGCGUGACUUGGUUGACAUUGACCGCGAGGCACAGCACAUGGCCGGCUUUGGCGUCGAGAGUUGGUAUCCCGAGUCCCGGGCGCUUCUAAGGGAGGCCCUCCGCUCUGCGAGCCAGGGAUCAGACAAGGAGGCAGAGAAUCAGCCAUCCCCUGUCCCGAGCAAACACAAGCUUACGAAAGCAAACUUGGACAUGUUCAGCGCGUAUGAGAAGGAUCGAAGGAUGAGCGCGCCGCAGAAGGAGAAGAAGGAGACAGUCUCGUGGAAAGACCUCCCUCAAAAAACGCAGCUCGUCGUCAUCACCCUGACGAGGCUGUCCGAGCCUCUCGUUCAGACCAGCCUGCAGGCUUACAUGUUUUACCAGCUGAAAUGGUUCGACCCAAGUCUUUCUGACUCUGUCAUCUCAGGCCAGGCGGGUGUCCUGCACGCUUCUUUCACGGCGGCUCAGCUGCUCACUGCCAUGAUGUGGGGUCGAGUCGCUGAUUCGAGUCGGUUCGGCCGUAAGAAGGUCAUUUUGAUCGGCCUGACUGGCACCAUGAUAUCAUGCUUGGGUUUCGGAUUUAGCAAGACAUUCUGGCAGGCUUUAUUUUUUCGAUGCCUCGGAGGAGUGACGAAUGGCAAUGUGGGCGUCCUCAGGACCAUGAUCAAGUCAAGGGCAUUCCUCCUGCUUCCCAUGACAUUCAAUAUCGGUGUCAUCAUCGGGCCAAUUCUUGGAGGAGUACUCGCAGAUCCGGCAGCUAGCUAUCCGGACUUGUUCGGCGAGACGAGGUUCUUCCUCAACUUCCCCUACGCUAUGCCGAAUCUUGUCAGCGCGUUCUUUCUGCUUUCUGCGUCUCUGACAGCCUGGAUGUGUCUGGAAGAGACGCUCGAUGCGCGGGUUGACAAGAGAGACUGGGGAAUUGAACUGCGCAAAAAGCUCGUUUCAGCCGUCUCUGAUUACCUUUCUCGCAACAAGCUUGCCGCAGGGUACACGCCGUUGCCAGCUCGAGAGGAAGCCAGGACCAGCGUCGAGAUGACACCCUCGAGGACCCCGUCACCAGCCACACCGACCGUCCCAAAGCCGUCGAAGCCGGCCAAACGCCAGCCGCGCUACACGCAGCGCCUGCCCUUCCGGCGCAUCUUCACACGCAACGUGUGUCUCACCCUCCUGGCGCGCUUCUGUCUCGCCUUCCACGUUGGCACGUUCAACAGCCUGUGGUUCGUGUUCCUGUCGACGCCGGUCUACGACCCGAACAAGCCGUCAGACGGCCCAGGCCGCCACCUCCCGUUCGUCUUCACCGGCGGGCUGGGGCUUCCCCCCGCCAAGGUCGGCACGGCGAUGGCGGUCCUGGGGGUCCUCGGCAUCUCGCUGCAGCUCUUCGUCUACCCGGCCCUGUCGGCGCGCCUCGGGACCGUCAGGUGCCUGCGCAUGUCCCUCGUGUGCUUCCCAAUGGCCUACUUCCUCGCGCCAUACCUCUCGCUCGUGCCGAGCUCCACGGAGCCCCCGGGCCCCAAGUCCGGCCCGGGCAUAUGGGUUGCUAUCUCCGGGGUGCUGCUAUGUCAGGUCGUCGGCAGGACGUUCGCGGCGCCGAACAUGGCAAUCCUCUACACGAAUCUCUGGAGAACUUGGCACGCUUCUCGUCGCAACAUCCAUCUGGUAUACCAGGAGCUUCACAAAAAGUAUGGACCCAUCGUGCGCGUCGGGCCCAACGUGCUAGACGUUGAUCUCCCAGAGAUCGUAAAGCCGGCCUUCAACGACAUCAAAGGUGACUGGCAAAAGCAGCAGUGCGCAACCUUGGAGCCUCAUGUGAACGCCAUGAUAUCCAAACUUUGUCAGUCCCUGGAUAGUCGCUUUGCCAAUAGCGGGACAGGCUUCGACCUGGGACCGUGGUUACUAUUCUCCGACCGCUCGUACCUCGACAAAGGCGACGACUUUGACGGAACCCUGAGAGACUCGGCGAGAGUCCAAGACUAUUUCUCUCUCGUAGGGGCAAUGCCUUAUCUGGACAAAUGGCUUGGCAAGAACCCCAUCGUGCAAAUCGGGACACCGCCCUUCGGUGCCAUGACGGGCAGAAUCGUGAAGUACCUAACCGAUCGGUACCAAGGCAACGACAGAGACUACCACGACCCGGAGGAACCCGACUUUCUGGACCACUUCAUCGAGGCUAAGGAGGCAGACCCGGAGGACGUCGACGAUGCGCAGAUCGUCUCGUGGCUGAUGAUCAACGUGCUGGCCGGGGCCGAUACCACAGCCCUGGCCCUCAAGACGGCCUUCUACUACUGCCUCCGGGACGAGCGCAUCUGGCAGCGGCUGAGGAAGGAGCUCCUGGAUGCGGGUGCGCGAGAGGCGACGCCUGUCCCCUAUGAGGUCGCGCACUCAGCGCCCUAUCUUGAAGCGGUGGUUCGCGAGGCACUUCGCACUCUGCCUGGUAUAUCAAUGUCGCUGGAGCGGUAUGUUCCCAGGGACGGUCAUCGACUCUCGGACGGCAGCUUUCUCCCGGGUGGUAGCACCGUUGGGGUCAACCCUUAUCUGAUCGCCAGGAAUAAGGGGAUAUACGGGGAUGACGUGGAAGAGUUCAGACCGGAGAGGUGGCUGCGCGAUGAGGCUGCUGGCGAGACGCCAGAGCAGUUCGAAGCCCGUCUUGCUGCGAUGAACAGCGUUGACCUGACCUGCAAUUAA